AUGCCGUUCUCAAUUAACAAUCCCCUGCCCUCGUCUAUGAGAAGCGAGUGUAGGAAGGCUGGCAAGAUCUUAGCAUCGUUCGUAGACCCGAGGCAGGCUUUUGGGCCUGACAAGAUCAUUCCUCCGCAGGUCCUCGCGAACGCGAAAGGCCUCGCUAUUCUUACAGUAUUCAAAGCCGGUUUCCUCGGCACCGCGCGUUUCGGAUCCGGCAUAGUAGUCGCGAGACUCGCCGACGGCUCGUGGUCGGCACCCUCUGCUAUCGGUACAAUCGGCGGUGGUUUCGGCGGCCAGAUUGGCUUUGAACUUACGGAUUUCGUCUUCAUUCUGAACGAUGCGAACGCAGUCAAGACCUUCGCGCAGGCGGGCUCCCUCACAUUCGGCGGUAACGUGUCGAUAGCCGCGGGGCCUGUGGGACGCAAUGCCGAAGCAGCCGGCGCGGCGAGCUUGCGCAGUGUGGCAGGCAUCUUCAGCUACAGCAAGACCAAGGGCCUGUUCGCAGGCGUCAGUCUGGAAGGCAGUGGCAUGAUCGAGCGUAGGGACGCUAAUGAAAAGCUGUACGGCCGUCGGUGGACUGCGCGGGAGCUGCUGGGCGGACAGGUGACACCGCCGCCCGCCGCAGAGCCGCUCAUGCGCGUUUUGAACUCGAGGAUCUUCGCGGGCGUGGCAGGCGCGAACAACGCAGACGCCAUGUACAACGACAUUCCCGUGUACGACGAUGCGCACGACGACGUUGUCUGGAACGGCCGCCGCGGAUCCGCAAUGGGCGAAGGCGUCCGCACGAACCGCACAGGCUCUCUGAGCCAAGCCGACGACGAAUACGUAUACCGCGACCGACCAUCGCGCGCUUCCACAUGGCAAGACGAUGUGUACGACCGCCAGCCCGCAUCUGCCGGCAUUAAUCGCUCUUACUCCACUCGCGCGAACCCCAACGAAACCUUCGACCGCUUUGAUAAUAGGUCGAGCAGAGGCUCAGCUUUCGGCGAUGACUUUUACGGUCGACAGGACACGAAGCCAGGACGGCCGACUGCGCCAAAACCUGUGUUCAGAAGGGAUAGCAUGAAGCCUGGGCAGGCGAUUGCCAAGUUUACCUUCGAUGCAGACCAGGAGGGAGAUCUUGGGUUCAAAAAAGGGGAGAUCAUCACCAUCGUUAAAAAGACAGAAAGCGAAGCAGAUUGGUGGACAGGGCGGAUAGGAGAGAGAGAGGGCAUAUUCCCAAGCAACUACGUCGAGGUCGUUGACUAG